GUUGAUUCGCAAUCCGGAACAAUUUUAUUGUGGCUUUGCUUCCAUAAAAGCUGGAUAUCAGCGCCCUCCCCUUCCCUUGAGGUAAGGAACCAGGAAGUCUUUGCUGAGCAAUUGGAAUAAAGCAGCCAGCAGGAUGACAAUUGCAACUUUUGCCAGGUGCAUAUUCUUUCUGAGAAUCAAAAAGUUAACAAUUCUAGAAAAGAACAGACUGAAGAAGUCCAUUAAGGAAAAUGGUGGGCAGAUUGCAUUUGGAUUAAAUCAAGAGUGCACUCAUGUUGUCACUGAUGAUGCUGAUGCACUCAGCCCCAGUCAUCUGAAAACCAUCCAGAAGUAUGAACUGCCUAUAGUAAAUGUUGAUUUCAUAUGGGAGUCAAUCAAAGAAAGAAGACUUCUACAAUGUGAGAACUAUGAGCUAUCCCAAUCAGUGCCCUGUGAAACAGGUACGGAGCCGACUUUAAUGAAUGGCGAUGACAGCCCUAAGGAAAACGAUGUUUCUGAGGAGAAUCACAAGCAUAAAUGGGAUGACAGCAGAAACUUAGAAAAACUAAGAUGGUAUUCAGAGAAUGAUGAAUAUGUUCCAUAUUUUCCUAAAGAGUUUGAGCUUGCAAAAUAUGACAUCCUUGAAAAGAUUGCAGCACAUGGUGAAUAUGUUGUUCUUGAAAUGCAAUGCUUUCAGCAGGAGUGCAGUUACCCAUUUUGUAUAAGAGCACAUUACAGCAUGCUGGAAGGACGCCCAAAACAAAAACGACUGAUGCCAGCUAAGACUUCUGAAGAAACUAGAAGACUCUAUGCCCUUUCUAUUCAGGAUUUAAAGAAGACGGGUUUUGAAUUAAGAAAAGACUUUCCAUAUCAAGCAGAAUAUUUAGUAUCAGAAAAAUUACAAGAGAUGCUUGUAGCAGAUGCAGUCAAUACCAUUGUUUUGUCUGAAAAAGUUGGUAGGUUUGUGGAACUUAUCUGGACCGAAGCAGUUGGACACCUGGAUGGUCUGCUAGAUAAACACGUAACAAUCAGCCUCAAUGAUGUGAGCAGAGCUGAAGGCAUUCUUCUUCAGGCAAAGAAGUCUUGGGAAGAAACAGCAUCUCUAACAGAGCUGUCCGCAGUCAUGUCAGAAUUCUAUAAAAUCAUACCCCACCAAAAUGUUUCGGAUGAUGAUGUUAGCAAAGAGUUGAUAUAUACUAAACGGGAUCUCUGUCAGCUGAUUAGAGACAUGCUGAAUAUUAGUGAAAUAAACAUGUCAAUUCUUAACCCAUCAUCCUUUUCUAAGUAUCGGGCUUUAAGAUGCAGGAUUGAUGCUCUAGAUGUGGAAAGUGAAGAGUUUAACAAUGUCAAACACUUGCUGGAACAAAACUCCAGUGAAAAUCUAAUACAGGUUUUGAAUAUAUAUAAAGUCAGCAGACCAACUGAAGAAAUGGUGUUUGAGGAAAAUCUUGGCAAUGUUCAAUCUUUAUUCCAUGGAUCGUCUGUUUGCAACUUUGUAGGAAUCCUCUCAAGAGGACUGCUUUUGCCAAAGGUAGCUGAAGAAUAUGCCUUAGAGAGAACAGAUUUUGGGUACUUGGGCAAUGGCAUUUAUUUCAGCAACUCUGUAAGAGCAAGCAUUAAAUACUCCCAGCCAUGUGAAACAGAUGGAACUCGACUGUUGCUCAUUUGUGAUGUAGCACUUGGAAAAUGUUGGAAGACUGAGGAAUACUGCUACUUUUCAAGGGAAGGACCACCAUUCGGUCAUGGUAGUGUGCAUGGAAUCCGUAGAACAGAAAAGAAUGAAACUAUUUUUGAGGAUGAUGAAUUUGCAGUGUACAGAACCAGUCAGGUCAAGAUCAAAUAUGUGGUUCAAUAUUCAUGUGUUAAUGACAAAAUUAAAGUAUUCCAACCAAUAAUUCAGACUGGAUUAGAAGACCUGAGCCUUUCAUUUGAAGAUGAUGACCAGUCUAAGGAUUAUACAGUACCAAGCUGUGAUCUAUUGAAUGAUAUUUCUGCUGGCCUACUGGACAGAGCUGGAAAUCGAAUUCCUCUUAAAGAUAUUCAAAUCAAAGGAAGAAUAAUAGACUUUAUAGCAGAGGUUGUGGUGUUUCAGACCUAUGAAAAUGAAACAGAGAGUCCCAUUGAGGCAAAAUAUGUCUUCCCUUUGGAUGACACAGCUGCUGUAUGUGGAUUUGAAGCAUUCAUUAAAGGAAAGCAUAUAAUAGGAGAGGUUAAAGAAAAGGAAAAAGCACAUCAAGAAUAUAGAGAGGCCAUCAGUCGAGGCGAUGGAGCUUAUAUGAUGGAUCAGGAUGCACCCGACAUUUUUACUGUUUCUGUUGGAAACUUGCCACCUUCAACAAAAGUGCUUAUCAAGAUCACCUACAUCACAGAGCUCAGUUAUGAGAAUGGAAAUCUGUGCUUUCACUUGCCAACUGCUGUAACUCCUUGGCAACAAGACAAAGCAUUACAUGAAAACACACAAGACUCAGUAAGGAAAAUUUGCAUUAGACAAACAGAAGCAAAAAGAGAGUUCAGUUUAGAAAUGUCCAUUGAAAUGCCCUUCAAAAUCAACAACAUUAGUAGUUGGACACACCCGCUUAAAAUAAAGAAAACUGAUUGCAAAGCAAUGGUUUCUACUACUGAAGGCAGUUUCUUGGACACUAGUGGCUUUUCAAUGGAAAUCCUGAUUGGGGAUGUAUAUUUGCCCAGAAUGUGGGUCGAAAAACAUCCAGAUGGAAAUAGCGAGGCCUGUAUGCUUGUAUUUCAACCAGAGUUUGAAGUUCCAUUUGAUCAUUUAAGCAUCCACGGUGAAGCUGUUAUUUGCCUAGAUUGCUCCAAUUCCAUGGCAGGUUCAACAAUCCAGCAAGCCAAGGAGAUUGCAUUACAUGCUCUAAACUCAUGUCAUUUGACAAGAAAAAUAAGUGUAUUCAAAUUUGGGACAAAUUUUGUAGAAGUUUGUUCCAAUCUUGAUGAUUCUCCAAUGGAUUUCACAGCUUUGAAAGAAUUUAUUACAUCAGCCACAGCUACAAUGGGAGAGUCAAACUUAUGGAAGGUACUGCGUUAUCUGAGUUUGCUUUACCCUAGUAAAAGCAAGCGCAAUAUUAUUCUUAUAUCUGAUGGACAUAUUCAGAACGAAGGCAUGACCCUGCAGAUUAUGAAGAAAAAUGCACUGCAUACCAGAAUAUUCACAUGUGGAAUGGGUCCUACAGCAAAUUGUCACAUGCUGAGAUCUUUAUCCCACUAUGGAGCUGGAGCUUUUGAAUAUUUUGAUGUGAAGUCAAAAUAUAACUGGGAGAGAAAGGUAAAAAGCCAGACAACUAGAAUGUUUUCUCCACAGUGCAGUUCUAUUCUCAUUGAAUGGCAGACUUAUAGUACACAAAAUCCUAAACUUAGUUGUACCCCUGCUCAGAUACAUGCUCUAUUUAACCAUGAGCGUCUUCUAGUCUAUGGAUUUAUCCUCAAUUGCACACAGGCCAUUUUAAAGGCACAAGUAGAUAAUCAAAAAUUGUAUACACUGGUGUCUACAACUGAACUGCAGAAGACCACAGGAACUAUGCUCCAUAAACUUGCAGCAAGAGCCUUUAUUAGAGAGUAUGAACGAGGAAUGCUCGAUGAGAAUGAAACAGAACAUGAGAUGAAAAGAGAACAGCUGAAGUCCGACAUCAUUGAGCUCAGCCUGAAGAACUCCAUUGUGACCCAGUUUACAAGCUUUGUGGCAAUUGAAAAAAGGGAGGGAGAUGAAGAUCAAAGGGGUGAUAUUUUACAUCACUUGGAGCCCGUAGCUAAACAUGAUGUCGAUAUUUUACCCUGUAUGGAAUAUUUAAUAGGAGAGCCUCUGGACAAUGACAGUACGAUACUUGGCUUCUGCGCCAUGCCUGCCAAUUACUGUUAUUCUGCAGAUGGUACUUUAGACCCUGAUUUUCAAGUGCAGGAAAUGUCUGUAGACUUGUGCGAGUUAAGCAGGAAAGAAAUUGCUUUUGGACAACCUCGCAGACCCCCUGUUUCUAAGCAACUGCUUACCUUUCAACCAGAAGGAGAAAUAUUAAAACCAGUAAAAAAAGUGAAGAGAUCUGCUUCUUAUAAAAGAAAGACAAAAGCUUCUGAAACAAAAUUAAAGGUGACUCAUUAUGCAGCUAAUUCUUCAGAAGAGAAUUCAUGCCAGCUGACUAUGAAUUUGCAGGAUAGAGUUCCCAGAUCAUUUAGGGUGUUGACCUUAAGUUCUGUUGACUGGCCUCAGCUCUUCAAGCUUCAAAAUCAGGAUGGAUUUUGGCAACUUACAUCUGAGCUUGGGAUGCUUUUAGAUCUUGAUGUGCAUCAUUUAAUUAAUGUUUCACUUGCAAAAAAUGGAAUUCAAUCACUUGGUCCAAAAGGAAAAGAGAGGCUGUUGCAGCUGAUUGCUACCCUUCUAGUGCUCCAAGCUAUAUAUUUCAAACAACUGGAAGGUCUUAUCUUCAAAUCUCUAAUGAGACUGAAAGACUCUCCUCCAUCAUGGGCACUUAGUCCAGUAAGGAAAGCUAUUGAGUGGGCAAACAGAACUAACCGUGAAUUUCCAGGUAUUUGCCAGCGUCUUCAGCUUGGAAAAGACUGGGAUGAUGCCACUAAAAAGCUCCUGGGCAUUUAAAUAACGAACACAACAUACUUCAUGGUUCUCCUUCUGUUAAAAAUUGAACACUACUAAGUUUGCUCUUCUCUUAGUAAUGAAAAUGACUCACAGUAAAAGCACACUAUCGUUGAUUUCCUUAUUUAAGAUUAUAAUUAUGCUGAGGUUCAACUUAGUAUUUUUUUUUUUUGUUCUCUUUAUAUAUUUCAUUAUGUGUGCAGGUUGUAAUCAAGAAUACUGUUGUUUUAACCAGUCAGGUUGGUGACUUUAUAAGCACGUGCUCUACAUGCUGUCCUGUCAAGCACAGCUUCUUUCAGUUGUUGGAUGUUUAUCUUUGUAUAGUUCUUCUGUUAUCAAGCCAGCGUGUUUUUUGUCUCUUUGUUCCACUAACCCAGGGAUAGGCAACCUCGGCUCUUUUAUGACUCAUGGACUUCAACUCCCAAAAUUCCUGAGUCAGCUAUGGAGUUGAAGUCCAUGAGUCAUAAAAGAGCCAAGGUUGCCUACCCCUGCACUAAUCAUUCCUAGCUAGCAUCAUUGAUUUCUCCAAUGAAUUAGGUUAGGGUUAGCCAAAGUAAAUCAGACAUUGUCUUGUGAUUUUGGUUUCUAAUGAUGUGUCUGAUUUUAUAUGAGCAAUAAAGAAUAUACUUGUAUAAAUAAUAUGCAUGUAUUCUAGAAAUACUAUUGAAACAACAUUAUUUUUCUUCUUCCUCUCACCCUCUAAAUACAGUUAUUUUGUAUAGUUUUGGAAAUAUUGUUUCCUUUGUCAAAAAAGAGUUUGAAAUUUUGGUUUCUUGUAGGCACAAUUGAUUUAAUAAAAAUCAAGUGAUUGAUACAAUUGAAAAAGAAA